UGUGGGGGUGAUGCUUAGUUUUUGAGUUGUCUUGGAGAUAGUAAGCAGGAAUAGUGAAGAUGGCCUCCCAAGUGCAUCAGAACUACCACAAGGACUGUGAGGAUGCUGUUAACAAGCAGAUCAACCUGGAACUCUGUUCCUCCUAUGUUUACCUCUCCAUGUUCUCUUACUUUGACCGGGAUGAUGUUGCCCUGCGUCACUUUGCUGAGUUCUUCAAGGAGCAGUCCCACGAGGAACGGAAACAUGCUGAGAAACUGAUGGCAUUCCAGAAUAAACGUGGAGGCCGAGUCCUCCUGCAGGACAUCAAGCAUCUGCCUCUUCCCUCCCUCCAGAAGCCAGAGCAGGAUGAGUGGGGCAAUGGUCUGGAGGCAAUGCAGAGAGCUCUGCAGAUGGAGAAGGAUGUGAACCAGAGUCUGCUGGAUCUGCACAAACUUGCCUCUGGCAACACUGACCCUCAUCUGUGUGACUUCCUGGAGAGGCACUACUUGGAUGAGCAUGUGAAGAUGAUCAAGAAGCUGGGAGAUCACAUCACCAACCUGAAGAGACUGGGAGCCCCUGACAAUGGCAUGGCAGAUUACCUGUUUGACAGGCUCACCCUGGGAGAGAGUGACUGAACUGAAUGCAGGGAGAAAGCUUGUUGCCAUGUGUCUAAAUGGGAGACCUGUAGAGACUUCUCCUUUUGUAGAAGCAGUUCAUUGUCCUGUCCCAAGUGUAAAUAAACUGCUCCAUAUUGGAC